CACCACCCUCAAGAGUCCAUAACCCCCAACCGUACGGCGCUCGAACUUCCCCAGCUCCUCCCGCCAACAUGCUCUCCGGGAUUCUUAUAUUCAAUCAAAAAGGCGAGAAUCUAAUAUUUCGCGCCUUCCGCAACGACUGCCGACCCCGCCUCGCCGACGUCUUCCGCAUCCAAGUGAUAUCGAACGCGCAGGUGCGGUCUCCGAUUCUGACCCUCGGGUCUACAACGUUCAGCCAUGUCAAACACGAGAAUAUAUACCUGGUGGCGAUAACGAAGAGCAAUGCGAAUGCAGCUCUGGUGUUUGAGUUCUUGUACAGGCUGAUUGGGCUGGGGAAGUCGUAUUUUGGGAAGUUUGACGAGGAGGCUGUUAAGAAUAACUUUGUGCUGGUGUAUGAGUUGCUGGAUGAGAUUCUCGAUUUCGGAUACCCGCAGAAUACCGAGACGGAUACACUGAAGAUGUACAUUACAACGGAGGGUGUCAAGUCCGAGCGGGCAAUGGAGGAUUCGUCAAAGAUCACCAUGCAAGCCACUGGGGCCCUCUCCUGGAGACGAGCCGACAUCAAAUACCGAAAAAACGAAGCCUUCGUCGACGUUAUCGAAGACGUCAAUCUUCUUAUGUCCGCAACCGGCACCGUCCUCCGCGCAGAUGUGAACGGCCAAAUCGUGAUGCGUGCGUACCUCUCCGGCACUCCCGAAUGCAAAUUCGGCCUGAACGACCGCCUUACCCUUGGUGAGGAUAACCUUCAUCAUCCCAGCGGGAACCGCGCGGGCACAAAAGCCACGCGCGCCGCUGCAGGCAGUGUUACGCUGGAGGACUGCCAAUUCCACCAGUGCGUCAAGCUGGGCAAGUUCGAUACGGACCGCAUUAUUUCGUUCAUCCCGCCCGACGGCGAAUUCGAACUGAUGCGGUACCGCGCCACAGAGAACGUAAACCUACCCUUCAAAGUGCACGCCAUCGUUAACGAAGUCGGAAAAACGAAAGUCGAAUACAGCAUCGCCAUCCGCGCGAACUACGGCUCCAAACUCUUCGCUACCAACGUCGUCGUCCGCAUCCCCACACCUCUGAAUACCGCGCGCAUCACGGAGCGGACGUCGCAGGGGAAAGCCAAGUACGAGCCCGAACACAAUAACAUUGUGUGGAAGAUUCCGCGGUUCACCGGACAGAGCGAAUUUGUGCUGAGCGCGGAGGCCACGCUGACGAGCAUGACGAAUCAGAAGGCGUGGAGUCGUCCGCCCCUGAGUUUGAACUUUUCGCUGCUAAUGUUUACGAGUUCGGGGCUGCUGGUGCGGUAUCUGAAAGUGUUUGAGAAGAGUAAUUAUAGUAGUGUUAAGUGGGUGAGGUAUAUGACCAGGGCAGGGAACUACGAGAUACGAUUCUAGCAUUUAGCAUGGGUGAUAGAGCUCGCUUAUUAUUAUCGUGCACGGGAAAAGGUAGCGUUUUGCAUCAUCGGCGUUCUUCAAUGUCUGGGGGAAUUGGUUCUGUGGCACGAGAUAUCCUGGUCAUUCAUCCAUUCUUAGUUAUUCUGUAAAUACAUAUUGGGCUGGAAGUUUAUCCACUUGCUAUCAAACCCAUUGUUCUGCUAUCUUGUGGCCUUGAUGAGGAACAUUGCAUGAUGCAAGGAGCCGGAAGAAAAUGGUAUGAUAAAUCUUCGGAAACAAGAUAUGUAAGGGCUAAAAAGGGGGGAA